GGCCACAAGCAUCCUCUCCAGGCCGACAGAGUGAACUUGCUGUUUUUCUUUCCCUCCUUUUGUGGCAUGAUGCUUGCCGCUUCACACCAAGAUGGGAAGCAGUGAUAAAGGCAGGGCCGGGCAAACCGGUGCUGCCCGUUCGUCAAGUCCAAAAAUACACUAUCCAUUCUGGUUUGGGGGGUCAGCAUCAUGUUUCGCAGCGGCCGUGACGCAUCCUUUGGAUCUCGUCAAGGUUCGAUUGCAAACUCGUGGACCCGGGGAUCCCACGGGAAUGAUGAGGACCAUAGUUCACAUCUGCAGGUCAAAUGGAUUUUUGGGCCUUUACAAUGGUUUGUCAGCGUCCCUUCUACGGCAAAUAACAUAUUCGACUACUCGAUUUGGGAUCUAUGAAGAGCUCAAGUCUCGUGUGACACAAUCUUCUUCGUCCCCUCCAUCCUUGCUAACACUGAUCGGCAUGGCGUCAUUCUCCGGCUUCGUGGGUGGGUUGGUUGGAAAUCCUGCCGAUGUCACAAACGUCCGGAUGCAGCGCGAUGCGGCUUUGCCUCCUGAGAAACGGCGGAAUUAUCGACAUGCUUUUCACGGAAUGUCGCAAAUGCUCCGUACUGAGGGAGCGGCUAGUUUGUUUCGCGGGGUCUGGCCCAAUUCUCUGAGAGCACUCGGUAUGACUGCAGCGCAGCUGGCGUCCUACGACGAGUUCAAACAAAUAUGCAUGGGUCACUUCGGGAUGGCCGACAAUAUCACCACUCAUCUUACAGCAUCUGUCAUGGCAGGGUUCGUUGCGACCACGCUCUGCAGCCCCAUCGAUGUUAUAAAAACUCGGAUCAUGGGCGCUAGUUCCGCAGAGUCCAGUGGCCAUACCAUCGUUGGAUUUUUAAGAGACAUAUUCAAGAAAGAAGGAUUUUCAUGGAUGUUCCGCGGUUGGAUUCCGAGCUUUACACGCCUGGGACCUCACACAGUCGCGACAUUUUUGUUCUUGGAGCAACACAAGAAGAUUUACAGAGCGUUGAAACGGCCUGAUAGUGACACCAAAGCAACCCUCUAGCAUGCAGGCUUUAGUUACACCACAUUUAAAUCAGAUUUUGGCCUAUAUGCUUUAUCCUUUGGUUAUCAUUUAUCCUAAACAAGGAGCUGGCACAUGGGCCUUAUUGGCAUGUUUCCAUAGACCCAAACCUAUAGAGAGGAAGAGGUUGGCUAUGCAUGUUUAUCUAUUUCGUUAUGUUAUUUGGCCAUUUGAUACUUCUAAUGCCUAGCACGCACUGGACCCUUGUGCUCUAUGAUUUUAUGCCAGGUCCUACUCAAAUACCCCCGUUGGCGAGUCUCUUCUGGCGUUAAAAGGGUCCUAAUAUUUAUAUUUUCGGUAUACAUCAAGAGGGUUGAAGACACUUCAUUGAGGAAGGACGGGAUAGAUGAGAUAUCUGAUGGCCUAGAAUUAGCCUUGCUACACUAGCAUGGUGACAUAUAUAACUGCACUGUGGAAUUGAACCCACC